AUGCGAAAUGAAGCUUGUAUUCAACUACCGUUAUCUUCAAUGGAUAUCGACGUGCAAACGCUGUUGCCUUUAACUUCCCUUGUCUAUCUGUUGUCAGAUCAAGAAGUGGACCGAGACUCACUUGCUGAUUUGACGGAGGGAAUGUUAAUUCAGUUAGUGCCUCUCUGUGGCCCACGAGCCCGCUUCAUCAGGGAGUUGGCAAAGAUGAAGGAGUCACCUACACCCAGUGCUGAAACUCCUCGGUCUCCACCUUCUUCAAGACCAGUGUCUCCACCUCCAUCAAGACCAGCGUCUCCGCGCUGCUUCUCUCCUAGUCAGAACAUAGAUGAAGACGAGAACAGUGUGGAUGACCUUGAUAAUUCACCUACAGAAUCAUCUAUCACCUGGGCCGAUCUUCAGAAAAGUUCUAAUCGUAAUUCAGUCGUGAGAGCACUCCUGAAUAGAAAGUCAGACGCAGACCGAAUUUUGGCGAACUACCCGGCUUCUAAGAAAAAGUAUCGAGUGAGAAAAGGUCUCAAGAAAGAGAAGACAUAUGUUGGCCUUGACUUAGUUCAUCAAAAACUUCUCUGUGACUUACUUGUGAAAGAGGCAUGCCGGGAACCUGCAUCCAUUGGGUGUGUCACUGAUACUGUGCAAAAAUUAGUUGAGGAAAUUGUUGCCAUCUUUCCCCGUGAAAGAAAGUCUCAGUACUAUGUACCCUUUCGGUGCAUCAAAUUGGAUGGCAAGGUUGUCAAACGUUCCAACACUAAAGGUCGAUUAUACCACAAAUUCACUAAUUAUUUGAAAGUUCUUCGAGACGAGUAUGUGACAACUGACUCAAGGGUUGAAUGUCACAUUCAUUCUACUACUCCAGAAACAUCAGCUGAUGUGGAAGCCAGCCUUCAGUGGCUUGCCAAGAGGGUGGCAAUCUGUCCUCGGCUCAAGGCUGAAUGGGAAGUGACAAGGGAGGCAAGAUUCAACAGUCUAAGGAAUAGAGUUGAUGGAAGGAAUGAGAAUUUCGUGCACACUUACAUCCACUCUCUGUACCCCUGCUUGGCGCAACCUGAUGGCUACCUUCUUCUUUUGUCUGAUUUUGAUGCCACGUUUCCUGAAAAAAGGAACAGCCUAUUUAUGCAGUGGCCUAAAUUUUCUGAAAGUGUGAAGAAGCUAGCCAAUUGUUCAGACUCAGACUGCAGUGAUGCGGAGGUUUUCCACCUACUGGGAACUUUGUUUGAGGAGGAAGGACUUUUCUCCAUCCCAGUUACCAGAAAGUAUCGUGCAGGAAAGAAGGAAAUGCUGAACUCCUUUCUUAUGGCUGUGGAGACUGUGGAUGAGAUUGAUCGAGACAUAGCCGCAUACGAGGCAAAAGCCUUUCAAGAAAAAUUCACCGUUCAGCCCUACGCUGUGGCCGUUGGACCUUGGCCAAAUCCUUCUCAGUUUUACGUCUCCUAUGGUGGCAUUUUGAAACAAGUGGCUUGUGUCAAAGAUGCGAUAGAUGUAACCUUCAAAAUCUUCCAUGCUCUUCACGCCAACUAUCCAAGAACCUCAGAAUGCUACUGGAUGCUGCUUCAGAAGAUUGUGUACGAAAUAGACACUGUGUGGGACAGUGCCAGUCCUGAAGUCGAGUCUUUAAUCUCCAAGUUAGUUGAGCUGAGAAGUUAGUACUUGCAAUGCCAUCAGUAGGCUGUGUAUAGAAUGCAUUUACUGCAUUAGUUGUAAACUCAUCUAACUCAAACAUCUUCUGGUAAUUGUCUAGUUGAUUUCAGAGUUCAUAGGGUAAUUGUUUUGAAAUCUAUGCCAAAAUGCCGUCCUGCUCUGUUUGUGGUGUUUCAUUUGUAUCAAUUACUGGUGUUCAUCAACAUCUUACAAUUCACCAUCCUUCUACUGAUUUGUCUAGUAAUUUAAAGUGCAAGACUGAAGGCUGUUUGCGUAUAUUUACGGGAUGGCAAAAACUUCGUCAUCAUUUUA